AUCAUGGGGUCUACUACUACAGAUAUCGAAGACCUGGAAAACACCACUUUUAAGUAUCUUAUAGGAGAACACACUGAAAAAAUGUGGCAACGCUUGAAAGGAAUACUAAGAUGCUUAGUGAAGCAGCUGGAAAAAGGUGAUGUCAACGUUGUAGACUUAAAGAAGAACAUUGAAUAUGCAGCAUCUGUGUUGGAAGCAGUUUAUAUUGAUGAAACAAGAAGACUGCUAGAUACCGACGAUGAGCUUGGGGACAUUCAGUCGGAUGCAGUCCCAUUGGAAGUUCGGGACUGGUUGGCUUCUACCUUCACACGGAAAAUGGGGAUGAUAAAAAAGAAAUCUGAGGAAAAACCAAAAUUUCGGAGCAUUGUACAUGCUGUUCAAGCUGGAAUUUUUGUGGAAAGGAUGUACAGAAAGACCUAUCACAUGGUUGGUUUGACAUAUCCAGAGGCUGUCAUAAUAACAUUAAAGGAUGUUGAUAAAUGGUCUUUUGAUGUAUUUGCCUUAAAUAAAGCAAGUGGAGAACAUAGUCUGAAGUUUAUGAUUUAUGAACUAUUUACCAGAUAUGAUCUUAUCAACCGUUUCAAGAUUCCUGUUUCUUGCCUAAUUGCCUUUGCAGAAGCUUUAGAAGUUGGUUACAGCAAGUACAAAAAUCCUUAUCACAAUCUGAUUCAUGCAGCUGAUGUCACUCAAACUGUGCAUUACAUAAUGCUUCAUACAGGUAUCAUGCACUGGCUCACUGAACUGGAAAUUUUAGCAAUGGUCUUUGCAGCUGCCAUUCAUGAUUAUGAGCAUACAGGAACCACAAACAACUUUCACAUUCAAACAAGAUCAGAUGUUGCCAUUUUAUAUAACGAUCGAUCUGUCCUUGAGAAUCACCAUGUGAGUGCAGCUUAUCGACUUAUGCAAGAAGAAGAAAUGAAUGUCUUGGUAAAUUUAUCCAAAGAUGACUGGAGGGAUCUUCGGAACCUAGUGAUUGAAAUGGUUUUGUCUACAGACAUGUCAGGUCACUUCCAGCAAAUUAAAAAUAUAAGAAACAGUUUGCAGCAGCCUGAAGGGAUCAACAGAGCCAAAACCAUGUCCCUGAUUCUCCAUGCAGCAGACAUCAGCCACCCAGCCAAAUGCUGGCAGCUGCACCACCGGUGGACCAUGGCCCUGAUGGAGGAGUUCUUCCGACAGGGAGAUAAAGAAGCUGAAUUAGGACUUCCAUUUUCCCCACUUUGUGAUCGGAAUUCAACAAUUGUGGCUCAGUCACAAAUAGGUUUUAUUGAUUUCAUAGUAGAGCCAACAUUUUCUCUUCUGACAGACUCAACAGAGAGAAUUAUUAUUCCUCUUAUAGAGGAAGAUUCAAAAACCAAAAAUUCUUCCUAUGGGGCAAGCAGCUCAGGUAUCUUCAUGGGUUUGUAUACUGCUGAUUUAUUUAGACGAUCAAAUAUGAAAGGCACCAUGAACGAAGGCACCUAUUCCCCAGACUACUCCCUUGCAAGUGUGGACCUGAAGAGCUUCAAAAACAACCUGAUGGACAUCAUCCAGCAGAACAAGGAGAGAUGGAAAGAGUUAGCUGCACAAGGUGAACCUGAUCUUCAUAAGAACUUAGAAGAUCGUGUAAAUGCCGAAGAAAAACAUGCUGAUACACAUUCAUAG